AUGUGGAGAAUGAGAAUACCGGAGGAAGAGGCCUGCCGGCUGAAGAAGAAGGCUCAGCACGAAGCCAACAAGAUCAAGCUGUGGGGGCUCAACCAGGAGUACGAGAACCUGUUGGGGGCGCUGCUGCGGAUCAAAGAGGUGAUCCGACAGAGAGUGGAGAGCAGCGAGGAAGAAGACACGGACGAGCGAGGGAUGACCCAACGCCUGGAAGACAUCCUUCGAGAGUCCAGCGGCCCUUUAGUUGCCGGGCGGACCAAAGACUUUGUGCAGAGGAUUUUGGCGGCCAGCGCGGACGGUCAAAGCCAGCGCAAAGAACCCCCGCAGGGAGGAGACGAGGAGGCAGCGGGAUAAAACUCACCCACCACCACCUCCUCCUCCUCUUCCUC